ACACAGCGGUUGCCAUGGAAACAAAUGAAAACAAAAGCCAGACUCUAACUUUAGAUGACCCUCAGUUGAUGUCUCGUCUUUAGUUUCUUCCUUUUCUGAGCAGGAUUUGAGGAGACAGAUUCACUAACUCAGACAGGAAGAAUCAGAACUCCAGAACUCCAGAACCCGCCUCAACAUGGCUCCUGGAAAGAGGACCAGAAGGUCCAAGAAAAGUCAGGAGUUCAGCCUGAAGGCGGCGCUGAGCUGCUUCCAGGUGACGGCGCUCAACACUCAGCGUCUGAAUCUGAGCUGCCGGGACUUCGACUCCAUCCCGAAGUGCAUCGAGGAGCUGACCGGCUUUCAGGAAGUGGACCUGAGCCGGAACCGGAUCAGAGAGAUCCCGGCAUUCACCACCAACUUCCUGAGCGUCACCGUCUUAGAUCUGCACAGCAACCAGUUGGAGAGUCUUCCCUCCAGUCUGGGCAUUCUCCAGAACCUGCUGGUUCUGAAUCUGUGCAACAACCUCCUCAGGAGCCUCCCCGGCGAGCUGGGCCAGCUGAAGACCCUCCGGACCCUGAACCUGGGCCUGAACCAGCUGGACGCUCUGCCGGCCUCCGUGGUGGGGCUGAAGGAGCUCCGGUACAUCGGCCUCUCCGACAACAGAUUCACCCACUUCCCCGGCUGCCUGCACAGGCUGAACAAGCUGGAGAAGGUCAACAUGGCCCGGAACCCCAUCUGGACCCGUCAGAACCCAGAGGCGGCGCCGGAGACGUUCCUCCUGGUCCGGAGCAGCCUCCUGUGUGGGAGGUGUCUGGAAAGGUGCCAGUCUUUCAGGAGGAGAAUGAAAAACGAGGAGAAGGGAGGAGUCGAAUCCUGUUUCUUACGGGAUUCAGACGACUCGGUGGCGCCCCCUGCUGAUCCACACACAACAUUACAAUAAAAACGAAGACAAAAACUUGGUUUAACUUAACAUGAAGAAAAGUAAAGCCAGAUUAGGCAGAUAUGAGUUAAGAUUUAUGAUUUAAGAGAAGAUAGAAUCCUCUUUAUUUGUUAUAUUAAAGUUAUUGUAAAUAUCCUCGUA